UUUAGUGUGUGUUUCUUAAAACAAUGUCUAUUAAAUGACUUGGUUUGUAUAAAACUGUAUUAUAGCACUGUAAUAUGCCUUUUCCAUUUUAGGAAUACACAAAAAUGUAAAUAUUAGGAAACCAGAUACCAUAUUCCAAAAAUAUAAGGACAAAGCUACCACAUUAUCAAAUUUGAUAGAUAUUGAGGAUCCGAAGAUUAAUACGAGGUUUUUUAACUUCAGUAUAUUAAACGCACCAAAAAUAAUAGAAAGUCAUUCAGAUACAGUGGGAAAUACAACUCAAUUCAUUAAUUUUAUGUCUGUCGAGAUGGAAAAAGACUUAGUUACAAAUAUCAGUAACGUUACUUUAGAAAAUACAACAACAAUGAAAGACGUUGUCAACUUUACAGACACUUAUCUGACAAAUACAUCAAUUUUCACUACUCAUGAAGAAAAUUUUAGUGACUUUACUUAUUCAUCUACUUUGAACAAUGAAGACUACUUAAAUAUAUCUCGUUCCCCACAGACUUUGGCAAACCGUACCUAUAUGAUCCUUAUAAAAUUGAUAAAUUCAAAUGAUUUAAAUAAAUCUACCCUUUUCGAUACUUUAACUGAUGUCUCUAUUUAUAGAGACUCGUACAAUGUAAGCAAUCCGGUAUUUAAUACAACUUUAUCAACUCAAUGGAGCGAAGAAUACAAAAGGAACCUUAAAUUUAGACUAACGUUUGACGCUACUAUUGAACUUAUCAUGGGCAGUUUAUUUAAUACAAGUACUAUUCCUGAGACAAAAAAACAGUCAAAAACAGACCUUACCAAAAACAGAUGUGAAAGAAUUAAACUAAACAACGGCAUUAUUUUGGUGCAGGAUUGUGAAGGCGAUUCAAGAGAUGUAGUAAAUCCUGUGAAGAAAUUUUCUAGUCCCUUGCACGCAAGGAAGAUUUUCGUUAAAGAAAAUGAUGUAAUAUUACCUGGCAAUCGCCGUUUUAAAAGAGUUUCAGGUAUUUGGCAUAACGGACAUUGCAGAUGUGUACAGCCUCUUCGAUCUUGUUCGGCCACGUUAGAUGUCCCACAAUACUUGUUCCUACUGGUAUCAUUUAUAUACUUUGUCACAAUAUAAUAAUAAAACGAUUUUAUUUC